UGGAGCCGCACACAGCAGCGCGUCGCCGGGACACUGAGGAUCCAUCCGUCUGCCCGGAGCCGCGCGCACGGGGCGCACACUGGUUUCUACAGCACCUCCGAUUCUUUUUCCAGUUUUGACUUGUUUCUGUUUUCCUUCUGCCAAGGGGAACUUGAUCUUUUUUUCUUUCUUUCCCCCCCAUUCAGAAACUUUUACUUAUGGUUCGCGAAAAUGGGGUUAAGUUGUGGUUUCUCUCGUGGAAACGUCGCUGCGCUGCUGCUGCUUCUGUUGGAAGGAGUGACAGGGCUGUACUUCCCUCAGAAUGAGUACAUCGAGACGGUAUAUGUCGGCCAGCCGGCAGGUACGCCCAUCCUCCAGGUCCACGCCAUGCUGGACAGCGACUCUGAGCGGCCGCAUUUCUACCUGUGCUGGAGCUCGCUCCGACGUCCAGCGUACAGCUCCUGGUUCCACCUGGACGUCAACACUGGAAUACUGUCUUUAAACAAAACCCUGGAGGAGAGCGACUUCACCAUCCCAAAUCAACAUUCGUGGUCCGUGAAGAAGUUGGGCCUGCACGCCACGGUUUUGCCCAAUUUCUCCAGGAAGCCCCAUUGCGUCAACAAAAACUCCCCUCGCAUCACUUUGGACUUUGUCAACGCCACGCUGCCGCAGUGUGCCCAGACAGAUAUGAAGGAACUAUGCUUCCCCCACAGAGACACCUCCAACCCGCACAUAAUGGAGAACAGGUUCCCCGGGGCCAUAAGGCAACUCCGACGUCUCACCAGACUCAACGUCUGCCCCAACCACACCAUCUCUUACAACGUGGAGUCAGAUGCCCCUGCACCCUUUGCUGUAAACGAGAACACCACAGAGCUGGUGGUGACCGCGCCGCUGGACCGCGAGGAGAGUGAAUGCUACCGACUCCUGCUGGUCUGCACAGUCCGAACAGAGACGGUCAUCACCAAGGUGGAAACGUCCCUGGACGUGUUUGUCAUGGACGAGGAUGAUAACGCACCGUAUGUGAACGGCACAGACACAACAGACAUCAUCAUCAGCUUCAAUCGGACAAAGGGUGGCUCUUUUGGAACCUUGUUUGUCUUUGACAGGGAUUUAACACCCAUCUAUCACAUAGACAAGAGUCACAGUAAGUAUGUGGGGACCUUGCUCAACAGCGACGGGUGGAUAAAUAAAACAUUCGACAUAAAAGGCACCUUCAGUGAAAAGAAAGCGGCCCAUGGAGGCAUUCGAGAGACCGUCCACGACUACCAGCUUGUCCUGAAGAGGAGCCUGUACGUAAACGAGAAUCGCACCGUGCAGCUGGACUACCUGGUCAAUGACACAACCUAUCCUGGUCUAGAGGGAACAGUGUUGCUGCACUUCAACAUCACCAUCUUACCAGUCCACAUCCGCUUCGCAAACAUCACACAGAUGUUCACACCGACACGCAGAGCUUCUGUUUAUGCGCAGGUUGGCAGAGUGUGUGUGGAGAACUGCCAGCAGUUUGACGGCUUCAGUGUCACAUACCGACUCGAGGUGCCAGAUAAGAAUAUGUCUGCUGACUUGCAGUCCUGCCAUGCGGCCAUAAGCAUCACACAGGCUCCCAUCGAGAUGUGGGGACUGCUCUAUGUGAACGACUCGGAGGCGUUGCGCAGGCCCGAGUGCCAGGAACUGCAGUACUUUGUCGUAGCCCGGGAGGAGCACACACAGCAGGAGGCCAGCACACAGAUCCACAUCAUACUUGAUGGUGAAGUGAGCAAGGCCAACCAGGAAAGCCAGCAGAUCCUGUCUUGUGCAGAAAACAGACGACGAGGAGACUGCGAGUCUGUCCGAGGCCUGGGGGCGACAACAGGCAGAUGUCAGUGGAGGCAAGGCACAGAGAAAGGAAUAUCGGAAAACUACUCGACCUGCUCUCCUGACCUGCGGACAUGCCCGGAUAGCGUUUGUGAUGCGGUGGAAAGCAAAGAUUCGUCAAUAUGUCCCCAAGACUGUACAAAGGAAACUGUCAUCGGAGGUCAUGAACGAGGCGUGGGGAACGGGAUCAAGGCUGGAUAUGGAACCUGCUACUGCUACUCCGAAAGAUGUUUCUGUGAGAAGGAAGAUAUUGAGGAGGCGAUAUGUGACGACAUGUGUAAGACCAUCAUCGCCACGUCUCUGCUGCUCUCCUUCGUCGUCUCCAUCCUCCUGUCCUCAUACUUCAUUCACCGGUAUCACAAGAACUCGCCCAAGCCUCCGAUCGCCUCUGCAGAGAUGACAUUCCGUCGGCCAGCUCAGGCCUAUCCCAUCAGCUUCAAUGCCAACAACUUACGCCGGGGCUCACAGGAUUCAAUCGAGCCUGACACCUUUAAAAUACCUGAGGAUCCAAAGUGGGAGUUUCCUCGUAAAAACCUUGUACUUGGCAAGACUUUAGGAGAAGGGGAGUUUGGAAAAGUUGUCAAGGCAACAGCUUUCAGGCUGAAAGGAAAAGCAGGUUACACCACUGUUGCUGUGAAAAUGCUUAAAGAAAACGCCUCGCACAGUGAGCUGCGUGACCUGCUUUCAGAAUUCACUUUACUGAAGCAAGUCAAUCAUCCGCACGUCAUAAAGAUGUUUGGAGCAUGCAGCCAGGAAGGUCCAUUGUAUCUGAUUGUGGAGUACGCCAAGUACGGCUCACUCCGCAACUUCCUGCGCGAGAGUCGGAAAGUUGGCCCGAGCUACAUGGGCAGGGACGCCAACCGAAACUCCAGCUACCUGGAGAACCCGGACGACAGGGCGCUCACCAUGGGUGACCUGAUCUCCUUUGCAUGGCAGAUCUCCAGGGGCAUGCAGUACCUGGCUGAAAUGAAGCUUGUUCACAGGGACCUCGCAGCACGAAACGUCCUGGUGGCUGAGGGAAGGAAGAUGAAGAUCUCAGACUUUGGCCUCUCCAGAGAUGUGUAUGAAGAGGACUCGUAUGUGAAGAGGAGCAAGGGCCGUAUUCCUGUGAAAUGGAUGGCAAUAGAAUCCCUGUUUGAUCACAUUUACACAACGCAAAGUGAUGUCUGGUCCUUUGGUGUGCUGCUGUGGGAGAUAGUGACACUAGGAGGAAAUCCAUACCCAGGAAUCGCUCCCGAACGCCUCUUUAACCUCCUCAAGACCGGCUACAGAAUGGAGAGACCAGAGAACUGCUCGGAGGAAAUGUACAACCUCAUGCUCCGCUCCUGGAAACAAGAAGCAGAGAAGAGGCCGACGUUCUCAGACAUCAGCAAGGAGCUCGAAAAGAUGAUGGUGAAGAGUCGGGAUUACCUGGACCUGGCGGCGUCCACGCCAGCCGACGCCCUGCUGUACGACGACGCUCUCUCUGAAGAGGACACUCCACUAGUGGACUGUAAUAACGCCCCUCUCCCUCGAACCCUCCCCUCCACAUGGAUUGAAAACAAGCUCUAUGGCAUGUCAUACCCGAACUGGCCUGAGAAGAGCCCGGUACCGCUCAACAGACAUGAUGCCACUAAUCCAGUCUUUACAAGAUAUGCCAAUGAUAGUGUUUAUGCAAACUGGAUGGCUUUGCCUUCACCCGCAAAAGCUGUGGACAAGCUUGAUAGCUAAAGACAAACCGACACUGUAGAAAAGAUGACUAAUUGGUAGAUGUAUAUAUUUCUAUACGACUGUGUACAUACGAUCUGAUGCUAAAGUUGGUUCCCUUUUAUUUCUGUUGCAUGGGUAUCCAAGGUUUUAAACUGAGGUCUUUUUUGCUGCAAAACUGGCCGGAUCAACAUAGACCAUGCUUCAUUCUGCUCUUCAGUAUGUUAAUUAUUACCUCAUGGGUCACGUUGGCCAAGCUGUAUCACUGCAUGACUAGUGUACCAGAUUGUAUGUCAGUGUCAAUGUCUUUUAAGUGCCUGUGCCGCUUCUACAAUAGCCUCCACUUGUUAAUGUGCGACUGCGAAGAUCUUGCUCCAGCCCAGGAAUUAAAGGGGAACGUCUUUACCAUCACCUGUUAUAGACAGCUGGGAUUGAGGGGACAAUAAAAUAAAUAAAUGUUGAACUUGAAAAAUGUAAAGUUUCUACUGUAGGAGGAUUGUGCUCCUCGAAAUGUCAAAGGCCCAUUUUGUGUUUCUCCCACAAGAUGUUUCAAAGCUGUUGUUGCCAAAGAAAAAAGUAACGCAGUCGUGUUCAGUGAACGUUUUUUCUGGCUUUUUGUUUUUUAUUAUUAUUUUUUACAUGAAAAAAUAUCAACUAGUGAGUGCUACUCCAGUGUACGGACAUAACACUUAAUGUAGAUUGUAACCAUGUCCAACAUACAGUUCACUUUUUGAUCCACUGUUAAUGCAAUCUUUGUGGGAAAAGUAUGAUUAUGUAAACUAAGGAGUGUUAUCAUUGUUAUGUUGUUAUUAUUUGAUUAUGUUACAAUUAAUAAUAAACAUUAAAAAUGUGAA